GUAGUGGUUUAAAAAACAGAUAAAUUCAUCGCAGUUGCACGUGGUAAAAUUAUGCAUUUAUUAAAAUCCGCGUGUCAGCACACAAGAAAACGCCUACGUCAGCGUUAGUUAAUAGUUAAUCGGAUAUAAAGUUAUUCCAUGGUCAUGAUGGAUGCAACCUCUGAUCAAUUUUGGCCGGCGAUGCUAUUUACGGUGCUUGCAGUUAUAGUAGCAGCAGUUGUUUUGGGCAGAAAUAAAAGCCCCUUGUCGUCAAAGUGCACCCAUCAAACUGUUUUUUUGGAGGAGAGAGCUGGUCCAGAGCCUGGAGCUUCCUCUCAGUAUCAUCCCGAGAAACACUGUAAUGAAACCAGACAACAGCUGCAAUGUAGUGCAAAGAGCCUCAAAGCCAAAGAUGAAACUCGGAACCAUGUAAAGGAUUCAAACUCUGAUAAUGAGGAAGAAGUGUGCGAGUCUGAUUCUCCAGUUCACUCCACCAUUGGAUGGGGGGAGGAUUCCUCUGAGUCAGGGAUAAGGAAUGCUCUGAAGGAUUAUGCUCGGUUGCCUGAUGCUGAGAAUAAACCCUUAAAGUACAUGGCUGGCAUGCUGAGGACCUGCCAGCUUGAAAAGAUGAUGACCAAAGAAGAACUGGAGGAGGAGCAGAGGGUUCAGCAGGAGCAGUUGGCUGCCAUCUUCCAGCUACUCAGAGACAAACAAGACACAUUCGGUGACGUGACCGAGGGCGAUUUACAGGAACAGCUUAAACUCUACUCUAUUUGACAGAUCAACUCAAAAGUACUGAGUGACGCACAGGGAUGUCUGUAUAUGGAUUUGGUUAAGCUCCUCGUCAUCUUCAUAGAUUCAAAUACUUUUAAUGCAAGUAUAAAUGAAUACCUGUCACUAAUAAUCGACAAAAUAUGCAUAUUUGUUUUUUUUUUAUAAAUAAUAAAACACUUUUUGCUUUAUUGUACAUUUUAUUAGUUAUUAAUGGGUUUAUUUUUAAGCACUGCCCAUAGAUCUGUGCUGGCCAGGAUAAUCAUGCUAUUCAUAUGGAAGGGGUGGGCGGACUGUAAUCCAAAAUAAACAAAUGGUUUGAUGAUGUAAUGAAUUUCAACAGGUAGAUUAUAAAACACUGUUACCAAGUCUUGCACCUAGUUUUCAUGUAUGUGACCAGACUGAUAAAAUGAGUGUAAUUCACUCAUGAAAUAUGCAGAAAGCCUGGGGCUUUGUUAGUCUUUUUCUGACUUGUUGCAUGCUGCUCUAUCUAGUACUUUGGAUCAAUCUCUCUGAACACUUCUACAGCAAAACUUUUAUCAUUUCUGCACUGAUUUUAUCACCACAUGGAAAUACUAGUUUGCACAAAACGGAAAAACCCUUUCACUUUGCUGAGCAAGAAGUGAACAUUACACCUAUUGCGGUUCUCUACGAGAACAAUUUUACAAAACUGCCGGUGUGGGAUUUCGAAGAUGUUUAUUUGCGAGACCGUCAAGCAAGAAAACCUACAUGUCCAAAAUCUCUUCAAAACACAGCGGAUACCAAGUUCAAGGAGGCUGCCCUUUCUGAUAUUCAACUGUGGCUAUACAGAGGUCAACUCAACAUAACAGAAUGGAAUCGAUUAGCACACUUCAACAAUCCCUUUGGCUUCAUGGAGUACAAUUACAAUGAGGUGAAAAAAGCAGUGGACUUGAUACCAAAGCCCAAGUCUUCAAUAUUACUGCCUGUGCCUGAAGGCUCAAAAGAUGGCUGUAUCCGCUGUGCUGUUGUGGGCACUGGUGGUAUCCUCAAUAACUCAAAGAUGGGCAAAGAAAUAGAUUCCCAUGAUUAUGUUUUUCGAGUAAAUGGGGCUGUUACUCAAGGUUACGAGGAGGAUGUUGGAAAUAGAACAUCAGUUUAUGUGCAUACAGCUUUUUCCUUAUAUGCCUCCAUGCUGAGCUUAAAAAAUAAAGGCUUUCACAGUGUUCCACAAGAUGAGGGUAUCAAAUAUGUUAUGAUUCCUGAGGGCCUGAGGGACUUUGAGUGGCUCCAAGGCCUUUUGCAGGGAAAAGUUGCCAACGGUACAUUCAAAGGUGUGAGGCCCCUGAAUUAUUACAAUGGGAAUUUUAAUGAGAGUAGAUUCUACGUCCUUCACCCUGAUUUUCUUCGAUACAUUCGCAACAGAUUCAUGCCAUCCAAACAAAUGCAGGGCAAUAACUGGGCAGUAUACAGACCGACCAAUGGAGCGUUUGCUUUGUUCUUGGCUAUUCACACAUGUGAUAUUGUGGAUGCCUAUGGAUUUAUUACAGAAGACCACCAUAAGUACUCCAACUAUUAUUAUGAUAAGUUAAAAAAAACCAGUGUCAUUUUCUAUAUUAACCAUGACUAUAACCUGGAGAUAAAGACCUGGAAGAAACUGCAUGACUUGGGAAUCAUUAGACUCUUCCAAAGACACUAACACAUCAAAACAUAAGGUAGACUCUCUUCUGUCAACAGGUGUUAUUUUAAAAGAUAUUUCCAAGUUAUGAUUCUGUGUCUUGGUGGUUGGUUUUUCAUGGGCAAAGUGGACAAAGGAAAGCUAUGGACUAAAGGAAACUUCUGUGAAAUGCUGCAAGUGAAAACAUGUUUUUGGUUUCCCUUUUUUUAUAUUGAAAGCUGAUCUUUAUAUAUUUAAUAUAUAUAUAUAUUGUUUUUGUAUAAUUAAUCGUUACUCUUUUUAUGACUUUAUUAGUUUUUCUUUUAAAUGCAGAAUAGAUUAAUAUUUUCCUAUAGACAUACACAAACAUCAGACCAACUUUAAAGAAGUAUGCUAUUUAUUGAUAUUUAGAUUUUUUUAUCAAGAGAAGGAUAAAAAGAGGUUACACUUUA